AUGCGCCUCCCCACCCUCCUCACUGCCCUAGCAGCAGUAACCCUUCCCUCCCUCUCCACCGCGCAAUCCACCACCCAGCUCACCAGCGCCACAACCCUCUGCCGCACGCGCUACGGCAUCUACCCGCUACCCACGGGCACCGCCGGCGUGCCCACCUGGUACAGCUCCAGCACCACGACCAACACCAUCCACUCGACGUCCACCACGCAGACCACCAUCACCGUGACGCCUGAUGCGACGACCUUCACCGAUGUGCUGACCAGCACGAGCGUCAUCACUACGACCACGACCUCGACCCCGGAUGCGGUCACGGUCCCUACGAGCGCCGGCCAGCUUCUACUACUCGGCGCUGGAGCUCUCCAGGUUGCGCCUACGCCUGCGCCCACGGGCGGCAUGUCGCGCAUUAAGCGCGCGCAGCUAGCGGACGCGGACGCCGCUGCCUUCCUCCCGCUGAAGCGGCAGACGCCGACCGGCAACUCCGCCGGCUUCAUCGCGUACCCCAACGGCACGUACUCGGGCCUGUACCGGCGGUAUGCGCACCGCGUCGACUGCCGCGUGCUCGUUACUAUUGACGAGACGGUCGUCACGGUUGUCACGGCGCUGCCGGAGACGCAAGUGCUGCCGCAGCAGACCGAGACUGCGCUGGUGACGACUACGGUUUUGAGCACGGUCACGGAGACGAGGGUUGCGGCUACGCCGACGGUAUAUGCGGCUUGUGGGGCGGAUAAUGUUGUGAACCACAUCAUCGACAUCAACGGCCAGCCGCUGUAUUUCGACCGCGUCAUCUACCGCCCCACAGAGGGGUUCCCGAUUAAUCAGGAAGUCGUCCUGUAUACUGAUUCAGAUAUCGAGUGUUGCGAGGCGUGCCAGACGACUCCCUACUGCGCAGGUUCCUUCUACGCGCCCGGCGUGUCAGAAUGCCAUCUCCGGCUCACGCAACCCCCGACGCCGUACCCACCCACACUCCCCUCAGGCACACCGCUUCCGUCCUCCAAUACCACGCUGCCCUCUGCGACCGGCACCAUGGCCGUCGCACCCAUCUCCACCGGCACGCCUACUCCUGGCAAUGGUACCUGCGCUGCUGGCUCGCUCUCGCUGUACAUGGGCAUGAUUCGCGGCUCGGAGACGUUCCCACGGGAGUAUGCACUGAGCUUUAGCAAUGGGCCGUGUGGGCGGCUGAGCGUGCAUCCGAUUCCCGUGGAUUGGAAUGUUAGGGGGAGUUUGCCGAAGAGGGGGAUGGAGAUCGCUGCGAAUUAA